UAAAAUUAAGCGAUUUGGAUGUGAGUUAGUCUAACUGCGAGGAUCGCCGCGGCAACAGCUCUCUGUCCACACUCACACUUACACACAACUCAUACACAACGCAACACAGGCGCACAGCCGUGUCCGUACGCGCCACCGCCGCACACCCACACAGCGCUGGCGUCAGUACGGCCCGCGUUCCGUCGCACGACAAUCGCUCCACAAGCGUCUCCCGCCCGCCGCCCGCAGCCAUUGUUCCCGCCACAAUGCGUUGACACUCGAGCUCGGAAGUGGCCCAUUCACGAAUCGUUCCGAAACACUGAUUGUUUUCGUUUUAUUUAAUCUUUAUUCGAGUUAUUUAAUCUGUGUGUUAAAGUGUUUUUUUUUAACGUGAACGUGCGAGUGAUUUAUGUCACGGAUAUUGGACUUGUUCGGAAGCCGAGAACAUCGGCGCGGACUUCAAAGCCGCGCCUACAUCAAACAACCUCUCGCCAUCGCAUCGCCGAGUGCCUAUUGAGCGCUAAUACAAUCAUAAAAACAAACAUGAAUGACUAUUUCCGUACGAAUCGCGGCUGAGGAGCACACAUGAGCGCGGAAAACGAACCGGACUCCACAGAGGAAAAGCAGCACGAGACCGGAGGAGAAGCGAUGCAAACUGUGGUCUCUACAUACGUCGCACCGAAUCUCAACGGCAAGGGGGACAGUCUGAUCGAUGUUAACUAUCACAAUGAAUACUCUUUAGACUAUCAAUAUGGGGAGAAGAUCGACAGUCCCGAGGACCAAGACGAGAAGAUAGAGGUCGACGAUGAUAAAGGAGAAUUAGUUAUAGCAGAUGAAGACGAAACGAAAUCAGAUCUCGAAUCGGAAGAUAGAGUAAACGAACAAGCGGCAAGCAAGGAGUGUGAAAGUAGCAACCAAAGAGAGGAAAGUUUGCCGUCAUGGCAUCCACAUGUGUACGGGAAGCCACCGAAGAAGCCGACGCCGCAUACUAUAGAGUAUAUAUUAGGAUUACCAAACAAAAAAAGCAUACACGAGGAACAGAAAAAGUCCUCCAUCGGUCAGCUGAUAAGCGUAAAAAGAAACUUGGAGACGAACAAGCAGUUCGUGUGUCAGGAGCAGAGUGCAGAGAACAGAGUUGUACAGGUGCUGGAGGGUCGGGGACGCGCUUGUACUAGUGCGCACCGGCACCGGUUGCAAGAGCAGCUGUUGCAACGCGCGCGGACGGAGCAGUGCAGUGACAGUGCAGUGCAGUACGCCGGCAAAGCCGAGGAACCUCUUAACUUAUCAGUGCCAAAGUCAAAGGAUUCGCCAGUAUGGAGCGUGGACGAGGAUAAAGUCGCCAAAGAUCCUUCCAAGUUGAUCAAGAGAAAGAAAUCGACGGAAGACGUUCGGUCCCCCUUGGGCGGGGAGGGGUCUAUAACCAGCGAGGAGGGGGAAGAGACGGGCGCGGGGAGGCGGAAGAAGGCCAGGACAACAUUCACCGGCCGCCAGAUCUUCGAGCUGGAGAAGUUGUUCGAAGUCAAGAAGUACCUCUCCUCCGGCGAGAGAGCGGACAUGGCCAAGCUGCUUAAUGUAACGGAAACACAGGUAAAAAUAUGGUUUCAAAAUCGAAGAACGAAAUGGAAGAAGAAAGACAACGUUACGAAUGCGGAGGUGGCAGAAAUAAAGCAGCAGAACAAGCCCAGCGGAGAAGAGAAGAAGCCAGAGGAUGUUAAAGAAGAUCCGCUAGCUCUAGACAUGUCUAAGAAGAAUUGUAAUAAAAUAUUAAGCGAGAAAUUAAGAAGUACAAAGCAAUUAGUGCAGACUGUUGUCCCUAAACCUAGGAGAGUGGAGAAAGGGGUAGUUUUAGAAAGCAUAUGCGACGCAAAUGAUAUAGAAAGUAGAAUUUCCAUAACUAAGAUAACUAACAAAUUAUCCAGCACCGAGCUGGUGGGAGAGAACAAGGUCUCAGUGAAGAGCUUUAGCCCUGAAGAAGUGAAAGACUUGAAGUUUGACACUCUGAGUAGGGACGUCGAAAUGUGACGGGCUUUAGGGUCUUAGGUCGUAGUCCCGUUGCGAAAUCUCACAGCUUUUGGUUUGACUUUCUUUAUAAUUAUUGAAGGCCUUAUCAUCUCUAAGUAAGGUCAUAUCUUAGAAAAAUUACGCAUUUCCCACUGUCCUAAAAAUAUGCUAUUAUAAAAACUAAUGAAUAAAAAAGCUUUUAAUUUAGAUUUAUAACAAUAAAACAAUUCAAUAUUCUUAUCAAUUUUAGUAUAUUUUAAGAUAUUAGGAGAUUUCGCGAGGGGGACCACGAUAUUAGUAAAUUAAGUCGGACAAAACCAGUAUACGAUAAGAGACAAGAGACGCCAUCCGUCCGACGCGAGGCCGCGCGCCAACCGCUGCAGCUACACAGCGUAGUCACCAUCACUUUACGUAUCUCGUAUCAUUCAAAACAAAUAUUUGUUUGCUAUUUCGUGUGUUAUGUAAACUAACAAUUUUGUUUGUAUGUUUGUUAUAAAUGUAAAACGUAUUU